GAGAGUGUGAGAGGACAGCGGUUUGGAGCCGUCACACCAGGAUACAACUUCAUGCUCACACUACGGGAAGAGAUAGAGGAGAUUCUGCCCAGUGAUGCACACAGUUUGGCCUCUGACCGCCUCCACGUCUCAAUAACGCACUCCAAAAGUGGCAAGAACCACAUUGUGUCCAGGUUUACCACCAGGGAGGAGCUCAUAAAGGCUCUGUUGGCCAGCAGCUUUGUACCUGUCUAUGCUGGACUCAAACCCGUGGAGUUCAGGGGACAGACAUGGAUUGACGGAGGGUUCAGUGACAGCCUGCCAAUUCUGCCCGUGGGACGAACCAUCACCGUGUCUCCCUUUGCUGGACUGCAGGAUGUGUGUCCUGUCCACAGGGGGCGCUUCAGCACCGAGCUCAGACUGGCUAACAUGAACAUAAUGUUCUCGGUGGAGAACAUCAAACGUCUGAACCAGGCUCUCUUCCCUCCAUCAACCGGCAGCAUGCAGCUUUUAUGCGAAGAAGGUUUCAAUGAUGCCGUGAGGUUCUUGAAGAGAGAGGCCUGGAUGAGCUGACGGUCAGAUCCACUCAUGGAAAGAACAAGCAUGAAGCCAAGGACAAUCAGCUGAACAUGAUGAAAAGCCCUCAUGUGAACAUGUCCUCUUCAUCAAUUUUCCAAGGAGGCAUUUAAUUUCCCCCAGCUUGAAGCAGUGAGAGAAAAAUAUUGGAUAUCACAGCACUUCACAGGAAGUCCACGCCGCCGUCAUGGAUGUUGGAGCGUCGUCUUUGAAGUGCCGGACGAUUCCACCGGGCUCCUCUGCUGCUGGGUUACUUUUUUGAUUUCCUCCAGCGCCAGGAGACGUGAGUAGUUUCUCCAUCAGUUUUCAGCUGGUUGAACUGGUGUGUGGGGGCUGGUCUUCCCUCAGGACAGUCACAUGAUCUGGGGAGACGGACAGCCCUUUAUUCAUGCUCAAAAGACACUAGUAGGAACAUUAAAUAUGUUUUUUGUUUAAUUAACUAAAGCAUACAAUUCCAGUAAAGCAGGAUGACUUUAGGGCUUGGUAUUGGACAUCAGUACUUUUUUGCAGUUUGUAUGACAGUUGGUGGUGGGUUGUUUCCCAAUAGCAUCCAUCUUUAGACUCUUUAGCUAAGGAAAUGUUUCUCAAAGACCUGAGCCCAGAACAGUUUUACCAUCAGCACUGAUGUACUUACAGUGAUGUAUGUUGUUGAGUGAAAAUGUUGAAAUUAAACAAACACAUUUCUGUCACCAAAGUGUAUUUAAAAAUGACAGGAACUGUCACUGCUUCAUUUGAGCUUUAAAAAGUGCUUAAGAGUAACAUCUUUCUCAGCAGCAGCUAAAUCAGUGUUUACUUUCUUAAACUGACAUCUAUCCAGGAAGAUAAGAAAAUGUAGUGUCAGCGUACAGCAAACAUCAGAUAUCUGUUCUUUAUUAAAUUAAAGCAUAUUUGUAUUCUCAAACGACACCCAGCACCGUUUGACUCAUAGCAGCUGAUGUUGUGACGCAUCAUAUAAACACAUAAUUAACAUGUAAAGAGGAAAAACCAACAUCUAAAAUAGCUUUAGUAUGUGGACCAAGAGCAAAGCAGACACACAUACAGAUGUACCCACUAGUGUUUCCUCACUGGUGUUAUGUAAACCCACCUGCUGGUUCUCCUAAUGAGGCUCAAUUAAGGCUUCCCUUAAAUUACAGUUUCCACCCGGGGGCCAAAGAAUCCCCAGCUUGUUUUUAUACGUUACGUUUCAGCUCGUCUUGUUGGAAAAUUCACUCUCAGUAAUGAAACACUGAAGGGGCCUGCUGUCUGGAAACAGGCCAGCUAAAGGAGCCCAUUUGUUAGUGUAAUUAUUCAGCUGCUGACUUCACUGUACAGCACUGAAAAAACUGUAUGCACCUGCAAUGUGUUACUACUCUGAUAAGCGUGUUCAAAUCCACUGAAAACCAGAGAAUGUCAGCUCACAAAAGUGAACAUUUGUCAAGUGUGAGCAGCAGGGAGUCACCGCAGAGAGCGUCACCAUGUCAAACACUGUGCUCGGAGGGUUUAACCGAGUCGUUUUAAAUGAAUGAUUCCACACUGGUCCACAGAGGACAGACUGGAACAAGAAUCCUCGCAGGUCUGGUCUGUAUGCAAGUCACACACACUCACAUGUUGUGCCCCUGCCCACGUCUAAACUCAUUUGGAGAAAUGCGAUUGCGGCCCGUAACCACAUUACUACAGUAGACGUUCCUGCUGGGAGCAGGUAAGAGAGCUGCCUUUACUGAAGCUAAUAAACAACAAGCUCCCAUACUGCAAAAAGAAUCCUUUGUUUCCUGAGGGACUGCUGAGAAAAUGAUGUUUACUCUGAAGCAAAGCUCAAAAACAUAAUAGCUAUUUAAUGAUUAUUUCUAAACUGUAUUAGGUACGUGUGCACCGUCUGGAGGGAGGCUGGUUCUGAGCUGUCCACUGCGACAGUCAGCUCACUGAUGCUAACACUACUUAUUUAGGUUUUAUUCUUUCCUUUAACUACUUCCAACUGACUGAACACGUUCCUCUUACUUGCAUCAACCAAUCAGAUUUUGCCACAAUCUCGACGAUUGCCGUGCUCAAACACCACAUGCAGCUCAGUAGUACACAGUCUGUCAGCAGCCCAACCUGCCACGUUCAGUUCAGUAUGAACUAUCCAGCUCAGCAGCCUCAGAUUAUUAUGGUGUCAGUGGCUGUGCAGUCUGCAGACAAAUGCAUUUUCACGACUACGAGAAAAAAAAAACUCACAUAGCUCGUCUUGCGAAGCGCACGUGCGCCGUGGCAGGGCUGUGGUUUACAGCUGGUGUUACUGCCAGAGUCUGAACACCAGGGUCAGGCAGGGACAAACUGCUGCUCUCUAUCUGCCAGUUCACAUUGCACAAAACACUACAAUGUCAUUGUGUUUUAUGAAAUGUUGUAGUGUUUUGACCCUCAGGGCCACUGUAGAACUUCCUUAAAUUGGGGGGACACAAGGAGCAGAUUUUUAAAAAUCCAAUGAGCAGAGGGAUCAUACCCUGAUUUUUGUCUCUGGUAGGAAAAAAAAAACAACAACUCUGAAACCUACACUUCCUGUAAUUCAGCCAACAGCAUCCUCCACUGCACCACCCCUGCCUGGUAAACACUCACACCUGCAGUUUGGAGCUGGCUUUCCAUUAUAAAUGUGUCUCCAGCACUCCAGGAGUUGAGUGGUUACAGAACAUGCCACGCAACUGCUGUGUUGAUGUCAUGUCUCUGCUGCCUGCGUCCUCACUAUACGAUGUCUAAAAUAGGCAAUAAGUAAUUAUUCUUUACGCAGGCUGACCCCUCGCCACAACACUGAUCCUCAUGUGUAAAGCCAGUGGAGGACCACUUUAACUUCUAAAGCAGUAUUAAUUGAUUUUUUUGGACCUUUUGGUGCAGCACAACAUGCUGUGAACAAACUGAAAUAUUCUUACUUGAUAAAAUCCUGAGGGAAAUCUCUGGGUGAUUAGCAGCCAAAUGUUCACCAGCUAUUCUCUGACCGUGUCUGUUGUUUGGUGCUGAGCAGGUGGUGGACAGUGGCUUUUUAAAUAAAAGACCUGCCACUUGUCAAUGACCAAUCUCAUCAGAUGCUACCUGGAGGGAUGAAUCUCCGCUCCAACCAACACAGCAACGCAUCACAAACAAGCGCAAAACUGCCAGCUUAAGACCAGGACGGUGAACCCUGAUGACGUCCCAGCAGAAACACACUGAGCCCAACCUGAGAGGAAACACAGCCCUGCUACUUUUAAUGAGAGCAGAUCUCA